AUAAUCCACCAGCAUGGAGUGAUUGCAUCUUACUGGUGAGAAAGCCCUUUUGUAUGGUUAUCAGGAUCGGGGCGAGGACUACCAUGCCAUCCUCCUGCUCAAAAUUGACAUCGAAACCAAAAAGUUUGCCUGCACCAACCUGUCACUCCAUUCAUUUGCCGCGUAUUUCCGCUCACAGAAGUGGCGUUAGGGGUUUUUAUGACUCCACUCCGUCGGAAUCGCAAAGAAAAGUCAUUCCGGAGUUUGCUUCUCUGACCGCGUUUGGCACGAUUCGCAGGUUAAUGUCAGAAACCAGUAAGCACUGGCGAAAUUGUCAGCGGGUUCUCUUAUAUUACAUUACUGGAACGGAUCUCUUAUGUGAAAGUGCGUGGCCGAUGGGUGAGUGAUGAUCCACGGGAAGCGAACCUGAGACAGCAGGAGCUCAUUGCUCAGGCAAAGGGGGGCCAUUUAUCAGUGUGACUGAGACAGCUUCUCGAGACCCCUCCCCCCCCCCUCCCCCCCCAACAUCUACCACCCGUGCCAGGACUGUCAGCCACCACCCGCCGAGACGACACGCCGACCUAGACGCCGGCGGAGACAAGAGCCAGCCCAAAUAAAACCCGGAAAAGCCAGACGCCCCCCGAACCAGCGGUACGCCACGCUGGGCAUGCUGACUUCCUCCCAGAGUCCUCAGUUCAGCAGAGGGUGGAUUAUGGUGCAAUAAACGUCAGCUCCGCUCGCGGUUUUUCAGAGAAGUCGAUCAGAGACGUCGUUCGAGCAGGGACAGGAAGGGGGAAGGGGGCAGCCAUGCGCUGGCUGGCGCUGCUGACGCUGCAGGCCGCGUGGGCCGGCCUGUGCCAGGCCAUGCAGCACUACCCCUCCGUCUGGGGCCACUACGACGUCUGCAAGUCGCAGGUCUACACCGACGAGGGCCUGACCUGGGAUUACAUGGCCUGCCAGCCCGAGGCCACCGAUAUGACCAAAUAUUUGAGAGUGACACUCGACCCCCCCAACAUCACCUGUGGUGACCCACCGGAGACGUACUGUGCUUUGGAAAACCCUUACAUGUGCAAUAACGAGUGUGAUGCCAGCACUGAGGAGCUGGCACACCCGCCCGAACUGAUGUUUGACUUUGAAGGCCGGAACCCAACAACAUUCUGGCAGUCAUCUUCCUGGAAGAAGUACCCAAAGCCACUGCAGGUGAACAUCACCCUGUCCUGGAACAAAACCAUAGAGCUGACGGAUGACAUUGUGAUCACAUUCGAGUCCGGCCGCCCGGAGCAGAUGGUCCUGGAGAAGUCACUGGACUACGGGCGGAGCUGGCAGCCGUACCAGUUCUACGCCACCGAUUGCCUGGAUGCCUUCAUCAUGGAGCCCAAGACCGUCCACGAGCUCACGCAGCAGACGCUGCUAGACAUCAUCUGCACCGAGGACUACUCCCGCGGCUACGUCUGGAAAUACGACAAGACUGUGCGCUUUGAGAUCAAGGACCGCUUCGCCCUUUUCGCCGGCCCCCGGCUCCACAACAUGGCAUCGCUGUACGGACAGCUAGACACCACCAAGAACCUGAGGGAUUUCUUCACCAUAACCGACCUCAGAAUACGGCUCCUUAGACCAGCCACGGGGGCCACCAUGGUGGACGAGUACAACCUUUCUAGAUACUUCUAUGCCAUAUCAGACAUCAAAGUGCAAGGAAGGUGCAAGUGCAACCUCCACGCCAACAGCUGCGUCUUCGACAAAGAAAAGCUGGCGUGUGAGUGUGAGCACAAUACCACGGGCCCCGACUGCAGCAGAUGUAAGAAAAACUACCAGGGCCGAGCGUGGAGCGUGGGCUCUUACCUGCCCAUCCCCAAGGGAACCGCCAAUAUCUGUAUCCCUAAUUAUCUUGGACCUGUUAUCCGGCCGAAUGUUUCAUCUCUAGGGGUCGCAAACCGAAAUCAAGCCCGUGUGUGCGACAACCUGAUGAUGCGCUGUCAGAACGGGGGCGUGUGUCACAACAACCAGCGGUGCCACUGUACCCCCGGCUUCACCGGGCUGCUGUGCGAGAAGCCCCGGUGCGAGAGCGAGGCCGGGGGCUGCCCCGGCGCCAAAUCGGGCCAGGCCGCCCUCCUCCCGCCGGGACGCGUCGCCCAAUUGCCGCUGCUGAUGACCAUCGCCGCCUCCCUGCUCCUGCAGGCGCUUUGAGGCAACGCGAGGCCCAAGACGCGGAACUAACGAGAGUCCGUUGCUGAUGACCUACGGUGAACGUGUCAGAAACGGAAUAUGACCUCAAAUAUUCCUGAAAUUAAAAACAGAUGUAUUUAAGAAA